AAAUUCACGAAGACAAAACCUCGAAACCUCGAACCGGAGCUACCCAAGUUGCUACCAUCGGACGUUAGUUUCUUCAUUACAUUCCAACUAGGAAACUGAGACCAUCAGACUCCAAAAUCGAGCAAAAUGAUGAGGCUGCAGACAUAUGCUGGUCUUAGUUUGAUUGCAACUCUGGCUGUUACAUAUCAUGCAUUUAGCAGUAGAGGCCAGUUUUAUCCAGCAAUGGUUUAUUUGGCAACUUCCAAGAUCAGUUUGGUGCUUCUUCUCAACAUGGGUCUAGUCAUCAUGUGUGUUCUCUGGCAGUUAACCAAAAAGGUUUUCCUUGGUUCCCUUCGUGAGGCUGAGGUCGAGAGGCUUAAUGAGCAGUCAUGGAGAGAGGUUAUGGAAAUCCUCUUUGCCAUUACUAUCUUUAGGCAGGACUUCUCUGUUACAUUCCUUGUCAUGGUCACGGCACUCUUGUUAAUUAAGGCUUUGCAUUGGUUGGCUCAGAAGAGAGUCGAGUACAUAGAGACUACUCCUUCUGUGCCCAUGUUGUCUCACAUUCGAAUUGUAUCUUUUAUGGGUUUCCUUCUUCUUCUAGAUGGCCUCUUUUUGUAUAGUUCUGCAAAGCAUUUGAUACUAUCACGGCAGGCUUCGGUUUCACUCUUCUUUUCCUUUGAGUACAUGAUACUGGCAACAACAACUGUGUCAAUUUUUGUAAAAUAUAUUUUCUAUGUCAGUGACAUGCUUAUGGAGGGACAAUGGGAAAGGAAACCAGUCUUCACGUUUUACCUGGAACUUGUUAGGGACUUGCUUCACUUGUCUAUGUAUCUGUGCUUCUUUCUUGUAAUUUUCAUAAACUAUGGCGUUCCUUUACACUUAAUAAGGGAGCUGUACGAGACAUUUAGGAACUUCAAAGUUCGUGUUGCGGAUUACAUACGUUAUCGUAAGAUUACUUCAAAUAUGAAUGAUCGGUUUCCAGAUGCAACCCCUGAAGAGCUUAAUGCAAGUGAUGCAACCUGCAUUAUCUGUCGUGAAGAGAUGACCACUGCCAAGAAACUUAUAUGCGGGCAUCUCUUUCAUGUUCAUUGCCUCCGAUCAUGGUUGGAGCGGCAGCAUACUUGCCCUACCUGCAGAGCACUGGUUGCACCGCCAGAAAAUGGAACAACUGUUACUGGAGGGCAGCAAGGAUCACAGUCAGAUGCUCAUCGACAUGGGACAGGCAGUGGAAGCACUGCUCAAGCUGAGGUUGGGACUGGGGUGGCGGCUGAUAAUUUGAGUCGGCAUCAAGCAAGACUCCAAGCUGCUGCUGCAGCAGCUUCAAUAUAUGAGAAGUCUUAUGUUUACCCCUCCACAACUUCUUUAGUAUGCUCCCCUGGAUACACUCCUCAUCCCCCGGUUGAAAGAUCUUUGGCUGGAUCGUCAAGUACUGAGCUUAAUGGAGACCAAACUUCCAAUGAGCAAGCACAAAAGCAAUUUGUUAUCCCUGGUGGACCAAUGAAUGUAUCCUUUCCUCCAAUGGGAAACUUCUAUUUUCUGCCUUCUCAAACAAAUGCACCCCAUAUGAAUUAUGGAGAGGGGUCUGGAAAUGAUCCAAAUAUGCCAAACUCUCAGCUGGAAACUCAAAGAAAACUCCAGAUUGAGUUUCUGCAAAAUCAACUCCAACUGCUGCAAAAUCAGCUUCAGCUUCUUCAGAAGACAAAUGUUGACAAAAGUGUAGAUGAGGGCACAUCAUCAUCGUCAUCAGACAGCAGAGGCAAGCACAUCGCUGCCUCUUCAUCUGUAUCCAAUCAUGGCAGUCAUGAGGAGAUUCAAGACAGCAAACCAUGAUUUCUUUGCUUAUAUCUGUGGCUAUACCAUGAGGAUACAGCAGAAUGUAGAUAUAGGAAAAGUGAAAAUGCAGAAAUCACAGCAUUGCUUUUUUUGCUUCCAUGUGACAUCAAUUUGAAUGCUGUAUUCUGCUCGUUGAUGUUAUUUAUCUUGGGAAUGCAUAGUGCCUUUGAUAAUUUAUUUUUGCUUUAUCGAAUAUCUCUUGAUCCUUUGCAUGUCUUAAC